AUGUUUCCCAAGGACAAAUCCAAAUCUAGAUCACGAGACAGUCUGCGAAAGGUCCGCAAACUCCUCUUCCUCGGUGAGAGGGCGGUGGGCAAGACGAGUUUGAUCCAUGCGUUUGCAUACGUCGACGCACAGGCCACGAUAGCUGCUGGACGUCUAUUCACAAUCCAUCACGACUGCACAAUCAACGUCGCUCCCAGUUUAUCGACUCUAUUUUGGAACAUUCGAGGGGUCCAGAAUGAAACGGUAAAGUAUCCCAAGUCCAUGUCACUGCCGUAUGUUAUCGUCGCACCUUGGGAUACCUCUGCGCGUCCAGAAGACGACCGCUUGCGACCAUUGGGCUAUCCGGGUGCAGAAUUGAUCGUCAUGUGCUUUUCAAUUGACAAAAGAAGCACUUUGAGUGCCCUCGCAGAUCGCUGGCUCCCGGAAGUUCUCUUUCACUUUGAAACACCGCCGCCUAUCGUGAUAGUAGGUUGUAAAGGCGACUUGCGGCAUCUUCCGCCAUCCACCGACUCACAAACUGGUCCUCCCGAAAGCCAAAAGAGAGAACGGCAGCAAAACGACGUCUCCAUUGACGAGGCGAUUACAAUGGCCCGACGGAUCGGUGCUCAGGGAUACAUCGAAUGCAGCGCGUUGACAGGCAAGGGCGUCGACGAGACACUACAAACGUUGGCCUUUCUCUCAUUAUCUGUCGAGCCUCCGACUCGGGACAAAGGCGACGACACAUGUAUCAUGACAUGA